ACACGGAGGGCGCUGCACGCAUGGCAGGCCGGGCUCCGCGGCCUUCACAUCUUUUUGUCUGAGAACUGGAUCCCUCUGCCGCUCUACAGUGUGUGCGAUAGCCUCGGAGCUGCGUCCGUACCACACUGUCAAACCACUCCAAACGAACACAGCCGCGACCAAAAGCAUUAAUUCAACACCUUCAGCCAUGGCGUUUCUAAUCCACCGGUAAAUCGGUCGUAUUUGUGACCGCUCGUUGGAACUUAGUCCGUGCUUGUAUCGGGUUUGCUUUCUGUGUGCAUCAGUCUUUAUUAGCGAGCUGCCGCUCUCUUUGCUAUCAGCUAUUUCUUUAACUUUUUAAACACUCAGCUUGGCGAAUGACUGCGCGCCGGCGGAGUAUGGGAUCCUUGGUGUCUUAGGAAGCAACUGAAGUGGGAUUUUACCGUUUUUGCAUGCAAAAACAAUGGCAAAUUCGACGGGGAAAAAUCUACUAGAUCAGCGAAGGAAAGGACAGGCUUUCCUGGACGAGCUGCGGCAAUUUCACCAAAGCAGAGGAUCGCCGUUCAAAAAGAUUCCUAUCGUGGGUGGGAAAGAGCUGGAUCUGAAUGCACUCUACAUCAGAGUCGUCUCUUUAGGUGGAUUUGCUAAGGUCUCUGAUAAAAACCAGUGGGCUGAACUUGGAGAGGAGUUUAACUUUCCCAGGAGUUGUUCCAACGCAGCAUUCGCUUUAAAACAGUACUACCUGCGAUACUUGGAGAAGUACGAGAAAGUCCAUCACUUCGGCGAGGAUGAUGAAGAAACGCAGCCAGGGAAUCCCAAAGCCUCUCUUCCAGUCGGUGCAAUUCCCAGCUCCUACAACUACCAGCAACACGUCGUAUCAGACUAUCUCCGCCAAAGCUAUGGACUGUCUACGGAUUUCGCUCAGCCGUGUGACUACAACAAACUGGUGCUGUCUCUCCUCUCGGGCCUCCCAAACGAAGUCGACUUUGCUGUUAACGUUUGCACUUUGCUUUCCAAUGAGAGCAAGCACGCCAUGCAGCUGGAGAAGGACCCCAAACUGGUCACGUUGCUGCUGGCGCAUGCCGGCGUCUUCGAUGACUCUCUAGGCAGCUUCUCUGGGGUGUUUGGGACGGACUGGAAGGAGAAAACCUCCCGGGAUUUUGUCCGGUUCUGGAAAGAGGUGGUGGAGGACGCUGAGGUCAGAGAGCUGAUCUGGGACAAGGGCAGCUCUGCACAAGAUGGUACGUCAUGUGAGAAGCACUGGCAGAGCCUUUUCCACCCCCCUCGGAACUCGGGUAUCAGUGACAUGGAGGCCCAGCGGGUGCUGCAGAUCGCCGUUAUCUUGCGAAACCUUUCCUUCGAGGAGGCCAACGUCAAGCUGCUGGCGGCCAACCGAACGUGCCUGCGCUUCCUUUUGCUCUGUGCCCACUGUAACCUCAUCUCACUCCGACAGCUCGGACUCGACACACUGGGCAACGUGGCCGCCGAGCUCCAGCUGGAUCCUGUUGACUUUCGGACGACACACCUGAUCUUUCACACCAUUACCAAAUGCUUGAUGUCCAGGGACCGGUUCCUGAAAAUGAGAGCCAUGGAGAUCCUGGGUAACCUCAGCAAAGCGGAGGAUAACGGUGUGUUAAUCUGUGAGUACGUUGACCAGGAGUCUUACAGGGAGGUGAUGAUGCUCCUCACUCUGCCUGACCUCAUGCUCCUCAUGGCCUCCUUGGAGGUGCUCUAUCUGCUGGCUCAGCUCGGAGAAAUUCCCUGCAGCAAGAUCUCUUCAGUCGACCACAGCAUAGACCUGCUGGUGCGGUUAGUAUCGGUAGACCUUCACACCUUUGGACCUGAUGCCCUAACAGCAGUGCGGUUGAUCGAGCAUCAGGCUAAUGCAGAACAGGCCGCCGAGGUCCGACCGCAGCUGGUGGAGCAGGUACCGGCAGCUGUGCAGGGAGCCUCAACGCCUGUAACGCGGGUCCCAGCUCAGCCCAACCUUCCACCGCCUGGCAUCGUUGAACUAGAUGGAGAGAAAUUCACGCUGCAGUGGCUAAACGCACACUUUGAGACGAACCCCGAGGGCUCCGUGUCUCGGUCAGAAAUGUACUCUGAGUACCUUGCCACAUGCAGCAAAAUGGGACGAAGCAACAUCUUGAACUCCACUGGCUUCCUUAAAUGUUUGCGGACUGUGUUUCCCAACCACACGAUGCGACGGCAGGAGGAGACAAAAGUUAGCAGCCAGCUCCAGAUCCUCCUGGUGGGUAUUCGGCGACGGGCCAUCCCGCUGCCCAUCCAGCUGUACUACCAGCAGCAGCAGAACUCCCCAGCAGCUCCUCCCCCUCCAGCAGCUCGACACGAGGUGCCUGGGGACCCUCAGGCUCCGCCUCCAGGCUUACCGCCAGGACAUCCUAAUCUUGGACAACAGUUUGCUCGGGCCCCGGGCCCCACCCACAGCAGCAGUGUCGCCGCCCCAUCUGUGGCCUUGACUGCACAGGAAACUCCUCAUGCAGGCCACCAGACAGUUCCCCGUCACCCGGUGCCGCCGCUGGCGCCAUCACAGUUACCACCAAAUCCCCUGGCAGCACCACAGCAGCAGGUCCGACCUGGUCCGGUGGUCCAGAUUCCAGCAUCGGCUUCAGCCAACCAGAACCACAGCCCUCAGAACCCUGCUCCCACAGCCCAGCAGCAGCAUCACCAACACUCCCCCAUGCUCCCAACAGGGACGCCCGUCACACUAUUUCAGCCAGUACCACAAGGCCACAUCCUCACCAACCGGGUGCAAGGAGUGUGUCCUCCAAUUACCCAGCAUACACCUCUGCCUCAAACUCUCUCACUCUCUGGGACUCCGAGUGGAGCCUCACAGGUAGACUCCCAGAAUUCUGCUGCAGCAUCGGUGCCCCCCUCCUCCUCCUCCUCUUCCCCCAUGCUGGGUGGGGGUAGUCAGCCUUUGAACAACACAGGAGGGCCCGUUUCCCAAGGGUCUCGGGUCAUGUUUCAGAACAUAGCUCCCAAACCAGCACCUAACCAGUCCAGUGGUCCAGCAGCCACGAUGGCUAGUCCCAACCAGCAGCCCCAGCAGCAGGCUCAGGGUGUGGUCAUAGUCAGCCCUAGUCCUCAGCAGAAUGCAGCCUAUGCCCCUGCCAUACACCAGAUUGUUCUUGCCAACCCCUCCACCCUUCCUGGUGCUCAGACUGUUCAGAUGUCAGGGCAGCCUGGUCCUGCUUCCAGUCCCUGUCCUCCUGUCUCUCACUCAAACACCCAGUCCAAUCAAACUGUCAGCCAUGCACUGUCCAUGAAGCGGCAGCAGCCACCUCCUCUCCAGAUUCUAUCCCAAACUCCUCCACCUCAGCCUACCUCCACCGAGUCCAGCUUGAUCAAACAGCUACUGCUUCCAAAGCGAGGGCCUUCUACUCCAGGAGGAAAGCUAAUCCUACCUGCUCCACAGGUGCCCCCUCCCAACAACACAAUAACUCCCACUCCACAGGUCAUCUACCAGGCAGGCUACAGCCCACAGAAUCCUUCUUCACAGCCUCAGCAGCUCAGUGUCCAGCUGGUCCCAGGUCAGCUUCCAGCUGCAGGAGCCCCACCCUUGCAGACGGUUCAGCUCCUGCCAGGCCAGCUCAUCUCCACAAGUAGUCCAGGAGCAGCAGCCAUCAUUCAGGGUCCAACCACAGCUGGACAGGUCACAUUCACAGUGGUCCCCAACACUGGCUUCUCCUCCACUGCAGCUGUCACUGCAGUCAGCCAGGGGGUCAUCGCUCCAACUGUUCCCCCACCUCUGUUUUCUACUGGAACAAUCCCCCAUCACAUGCCAGCAGGUCCACCACCUCCACCGCCACCACUGCCAGGUCCCCUCAGAGGAGACAAGAUCAUCUGUCAAAAGGAGGAAGAAGCCAAGGAUGCCACGGGGCUGCACAUCCAUGAGAGGAAGAUUGAGGUGAUGGAAAACAACUCCUUGACCGAGGGGGACUCCUCCAAAGGCAAAACCAGUAAUGGAGACCUUUCGGCAGGUGCCAAGCUGCUAAAUGGUCAGAAGUGCAUGGAGUCUAAUCUACCUCCAUACCACUCAGGGAACAGCCAGGGAGCACUCAACGGUCCGGUUCCAGAGAGUCCUCCUGCUAACGGGAAGCAGGCCCUCUCCCCCGGCCUGAACACUCCUCUCGAGGUCAACCCCGACCCCAAAAAGACUUUAGUCAACGGGGUGUGUGACUUUGACUGGGGUGAGAGUGGUGGUAACUUUAACAAAAACAUUCCAAAUCACAUUGCUUCCAAACAGUACUUGGGGAAUGGGGAGGUGAGCUCCUCUGAAAACAGCUCAGACCUGUGUCUCCCUAGUCAUCCUCCUCCUCCUCAACAGGACACUGCCAAAGUCCAGCAGGCUGAGCGCCUGGCCAAUGGACCUCAGGCAGUAGGUCACAGACCUUCCUUGGAACUAACCAAUGGACCUCUGGGGCUGGCCCAUGCCACGCCUGUGCUCAGACAGCAACUGCUCCCCAACUCCUCUCUCCCCUCCACUAUUACCUCCCAGAGCCCCGUCACCCCUCCUGCAAACGGAGUGGUUCCAGAGGCUCGAGGCCUCAAGAGGCCAGCUGAAAACGAGGACCGCAAUGCAGUGACGUCCUCAGGGAUCCCCAGCAAAGUGGGAGUACGGAUCAUCACCAUCAGUGACCCCAACAACGCCGGCAGCAGCGCCACCAUGGUGGCGGUGCCAGCAGGAGCGGACCCAAGCACAGUAGCCAAAGUAGCAAUAGAGAACGCCACUCAGCAGAGGAACUGCUCGCCCGUACAAGCAGCUGGUGCAACGCCUACUGUAACCCCGUCCCCACCUCCCCUGUCCCAGCCUGCACCAGCGGGGAACCACAGCCCGCACCUCCCAACACAGCAGACCCCUUCAGCGCCGUCGGAACCGAGCAGGAAACCCGGGCAGAACUUUAAGUGUCUGUGGCAGUCCUGUAAGCGGUGGUUUGAGACGCCAUCUCAAGUGUUUUACCAUGCAGCAACGCAGCACGGUGGGAAGGACGUGUACGGAG